AUGAAGCUUGGAAAGCAAAUAAAUGGCCUUUUGGCACAGGUAUUUAUUGGUGGUAUGCCGUUUGCCAAAGACAUUCAAAAAUUGAGUCCCUGUAAUGUGGUCGUCGGUACAGUUGGAAGAAUAAAACAAUUGAUUAAGUAUGGGCACUUAGACACACAACAUAUUAAACUGUUGAUUGUCGACGAAGCCGACAAAAUUUUCGAAGCCGAAUCGCUGGAAAAAACAACUAUGGCUAUUCUUGAAGCUUUGCCACCUAAAAAACAGUUCAUGGCCUUCUCGGCCACCUAUGCGCAGGCAAUGAUUGAUAGAAUUUCUUCUUUAAUGAAUCAUCCUGAAAUAAUUUUGACCACUCCAACAAGACCUAUCCUAGAGGGAGUCAGGCAGUACUAUGAAAUUAUUGAAUUCGACAAGGACUCGUCAGAUGUCAAUGCCAACCAUUCGUCUGUGUUUUAUUGCAAAACUAAAAAAUUGGUAGAAAUUCUGGCACAAAUUUCGUUUCAUCAAUGUAUAAUAUUUUGCAAUCACAAAAUAAGAAGUAAAUGGCUAACAGAGCAGCUCAAUUCUAUGGGAUGGCCAACGUCGUUCAUUUCCGGAUAUUUCAGACAAAAAGAACGAUGUGAUAUAAUGACAAAAUUGAGAGAAUUUCGAAUUCGAAUUUUAGUGUCUACAGAUCUUAUAUCUCGUGGUGUUGAUAUUGAGCGAAUUAAUCUAGUUAUCAACAUGGACAUGCCAAUAGAUGCUGAAACAUACUUACAUAGAAUAGGUAGAACCGGCAGAUUUGGAACGUACGGAGUGGCCAUCAAUCUUGUAUCAGUUGAAGAAAAAAAAUUUUUAGAUCAAUUUGCCUCACAUUAUCAAUGUGUAAUUGAAUAUUUACCAAAGGUAAUUCCAGCUGAGUUCUAUUACUACGAUCUGUCAAGUGAACAAGAAAAGAAGCAGUCUAGGAAGCUUGAAAUCAUAAAGCAAAAUGCAAAAUCGGAUCUAAUUGACACUGAACCAAUUCUCGAAAAAGAAAAGACAAAAAAGAAAAGACAAAAAAAGGAUUGCCACGAUACUGGGAGUGAGCACGGUUUAAAUAACAAUGACUCAUCAACCUUGUUUUCACAAGAUCACCUAAUUCUGGAAGAAGGUGAUGGACACUCGUGCGAAAUCUAUCCGCCGCGUCCUCCUCCUCUGCCGGGAAUGCCUAAUAUUCAGUUUCAACAAUACAUCAAAUAUAUACAUGAAUUCUAUUUUCCGAGUUUAAAACAGUUGAUGCUCAAAAAAUAA